UGAAGAUCCUCUCACGCUAUCCGGGAUUUUUCUUGAUCAAGAAGAUUGUGUAAAAUUGACAUCAUCACCAUCACUUAAAAAUAAUGGCUGCACUACGAAAUUGCUACAAUUUGCCUAGGAAUGUGUCAUCCUUGGUGACACAAACCAGAGCGGGCAACACUACCAGCACCGUUCAAUCAACAUCCAACCUAAUUCGCUGCUUCUCUUCAUCAUCAGCAGUCCAAGCAAGAGGUAUUACAGAAAAGGGAAAACGAAAAGUUCAAGCUAAACAUGAUGCAAAGCUACGUCAUGCAAUCGAUCUUUAUCAUACUUCACGACACUUUUAUCCUUCAAGGCCGACAAUGACAGGACAAACAAAGAUUGGAUUAAUUUCAGAUGAAGAAAUACGAGAUUUUGAAGAAGAAGAUAUCAUCUUACGUUCUUUCGAUGAAGAAAUUGAUUGGAUCGUUCGUGCCAAUUUAUUCAUACUCAAAGAUAGAGAGAACGCAAUAGAAUCACUUUCAAUGCGAAGUGGACCAGCACUCUUUGCUCAUCGUGAAGAAAAAAGAACAUUAUCUGAAAGUAGAGAUCUCGUUUCUCCAUUUGAUUCAGGAGAAUAUAUGGCGUAUAAUUCAUCAAAUGAAACCAUACCCAUAAGUCCGCCAAGUGGCCCACUUCCCGAUCCAAACGAUACACAAGCUAUGAAGCAAUACAUCGCAGAAGCUGUUAGGAGAACUUCUUUGGGAUCACGUAAUAGAUACGGAGAAGCUCCAAACCAUAGCAGCGAUCAACGCCUUUUACGAAUUCGUGAUGCUCUAUUUGGCACUGUUCAAGGUAGCUUACCGGGUUUGGAAAUCGUUCGCGAACGUUCUCGUGAUCCUCGGGUACAAGAAGAAGUAAAACGUCUCAUCAAGGAAGCCAAAGAAGCGAGAGAGAAACAACUUUUGCGAGAGCAAGGUGAGACUCUCCAAUCUGAUGCAAAUUCAACUCCAUCAGCACAAUGAUUUGCAAUCGGGUUGUAUGAGCAAAAGUGUAAUAUAGUCAGAUCUCAAUAAUGUACAAGAGAGUA